UUGACAGCUGAUUUCUUUGACAUUCAAAAAGUGGGUGGAAAUUUGUAAGGAAAUUAUUGACCUGCCUUUUCGGCGUUUGGAAAGAGGGUAAAAUUAAAAUUUUCAGCUAAUGGAGGCUUAGAAAUUGCUUAAAACCACGUCGAGAGGUCGGAAAACAGGACACAAUGAUUGGUGGGUUGUUUGUUUAUAACCAUAAGGGCGAAGUCCUGAUUUCGCGUGUAUAUCGAGACGAUAUCGGACGAAAUGCUGUUGAUGCGUUUCGAGUGAAUGUAAUCCAUGCCAGACAGCAAGUGAGGUCUCCAGUAACCAAUAUAGCUCGUACUUCCUUUUUUCAUAUAAAGAGAGCUAACAUUUGGAUUGCUGCUGUUACUAAACAAAAUGUUAAUGCUGCCAUGGUAUUUGAAUUUCUGCUUAAGAUUAUUGAAGUGAUGCAGUCUUAUUUUGGAAAGAUAUCAGAGGAGAACAUUAAAAACAAUUUUGUUUUGAUUUACGAAUUAUUAGAUGAAAUUCUUGAUUUUGGAUACCCACAAAACACCGAUACUGGCGUUCUAAAGACGUUUAUUACUCAGCAAGGAAUAAAAUCAGCAACUAAAGAAGAACAAGCUCAAAUAACCUCCCAAGUUACAGGUCAAAUAGGUUGGAGAAGAGAGGGUAUUAAGUAUCGGAGAAAUGAAUUAUUCCUAGAUGUUUUGGAAUAUGUGAACUUAUUAAUGUCACCACAAGGGCAAGUUCUUUCUGCUCAUGUAGCUGGAAAGGUAGUGAUGAAGUCAUAUCUUUCCGGAAUGCCAGAAUGUAAGUUUGGAAUUAAUGAUAAAAUUGUUAUGGAGGCAAAAGGUAAAGGAAGUUUGGGCUCCACUACUGACUCAGAUCCAGCUCGUUCGGGCAAACCUGUGGUGGUUAUUGACGAUUGUCAGUUCCAUCAAUGCGUGAAACUCAGCAAAUUUGAAACUGAGCAUUCCAUUAGUUUUAUUCCGCCCGAUGGAGAAUUUGAGCUUAUGAGAUACAGAACAACAAAAGACAUAUCAUUGCCAUUUAGGGUUAUUCCUCUAGUUCGGGAAGUAGGACGCACAAAAAUGGAAGUGAAAGUUGUUCUCAAGAGCAACUUUAAACCUUCAUUGCUAGGACAGAAAAUUGAGGUUAAGAUUCCAACACCGCUGAAUACUUCAGGUGUUCAAUUAAUUUGCUUAAAAGGAAAGGCUAAGUACAAAGCUUCAGAAAAUGCCAUUGUAUGGAAGAUUAAACGCAUGGCUGGUAUGAAGGAGACCCAACUCUCUGCUGAAAUUGAACUAUUGGAAACGGAUACAAAAAAGAAAUGGACGCGUCCACCAAUUUCCAUGAAUUUCGAAGUUCCGUUUGCCCCUUCAGGUUUUAAGGUUAGGUAUUUGAAAGUUUUUGAGCCCAAACUCAAUUAUUCGGAUCACGACGUUAUUAAAUGGGUUAGAUAUAUUGGUAGAAGUGGUUUGUAUGAAACAAGAUGUUAACUCGAAUCUAUUCUCCAAGUUAAACUAGAUAUAACAUGUUUGUUCAUUUUUUGGUAAUUAUUAUUUGGAAAACUGGAAAUCGUCCGAUUUUCACCAAAAUUGGUAUACACCCUAUUUUGAGGUCGUAGAUUACGAAUCUGAACUUUAUCCGUGGCGGUCUCUUACCGUUUUUCAGAAAAACGGAAAAUAAUUUCAUCACUGAAAUUUUCCUUAUUUCGGCCCAUAUAAAGUAAUAAUUUCACUAUAUUUUCAUUAUAUUAUAGUUUAUCUAAAAACCACACUUGAUUGAGGAUAGAAAAAUGU